AUGGCCACAUCACUGCAAGUCCGAGCUGAAAAAACUGCUCGGCUCUACAAAGACCCAUAUAACCCGCACCUCUACCUCAAACGAGCCUGCAUUCAUGAACAACUUGGCUUCCCCGAUCUGGCCGCUGCUGACGCCUAUCGUGCACUAUCGUUGCUGGAGUCGGUUGUAGAUCCUGAUGGUUGUGAAUUCCAUGCCAAGCGCAGGAUCGACGGCGCCCUCGAACACACCAUUCCUCAGGAUGAGGGCAAAGACACUACCGAUGGAAGCGAGGAGGGUGAAGAGGAAAACGAUUCAAAUGAAGAUGAAGAUCCGAACUUCGUCGCAGUGACGCAGGAGGAAUAUAAUAUCCUCAUUGGAGAGGUAUAUGCGGUUCUAGUGUGUAGCCUGGUGCGCUGUGGCUGCUACCGCGAUGCGUAUGAGUUCGGCGUGCGCGGUAUUGGACUGCUCGGUGAUCUAGGCGCAGACAAGGUCAAUGUCACCACUGCUUCCACAGUUUUGCAUGAUCAAAUGAAUCAUGUGAAGAAGGUUUUCCAGGCUCGUGCUAAAGUCAACAAGGAUGUGGAAGUGGAUUUGGAUUCUAUUGACCCGGCUAUUCUCCCGGCACAGGGUUUUGCUCGUCGCGUCCUCUAUCCCUGGAAUGAGCAUGAGCCGGACCGUCGCGCCCCCGAGGAAUUGGAGUUUCUUAACAAGCGGCUGGCAGAUGUGGCCCCGAAAUGUGAAGUUCGUGCGGUGGCGUUACCGGCCCUUCAUGGUGCCUCUGCCGAUAAUGAUACUGAGGUCUCGGUGCAACUGGGUCUCUUCGCCAAAGAAGACAUCGCAGCAGACGAGAUAAUUUUGCGCGAAUCAUCGCUUCUGACUGCUACGAAUCGCCUGCAUGAUGAUCUCUGCGAUGCGUGCAAUGCGCCUCUGCCUGACCUCUCGGCUGCCGAGCCCCCCAUUGCAUGUGAGGAAGGCUGCGCGGAUACCAUCUUCUGUAGCCAGGCGUGCCACGACACCGCGCAGAAGGUCUACCACGCUGCGAUCUGUGGCCUAGAAGAUGGUCUGGAGUCUAUCGGGAAGGAUAUCCCUGACCCGAAGGACAAAGCCGACUACUUGUAUUUGCUUCUACUUGGCCGCGCGCUCGCCAUGUCUGCGACACAGGACGUGCACGCGUUGGAUCUGCCUGAAGUGAAAUACAUCUGGGGUGAUUUCCAUGACUUCAAUAUCGAGAGUAUCGAGCAAUCCAGCUCUGAAGAGGCUUCUCUCCCCUUCUCAUUCCAACUCAACAUCCUCCAGCCCAUGCGCUUCCUCGAGGAGAUGGAAAUCGAUCCCUAUGAGUCGCUCCCACGUUACGACACCUGGGUCCUGAAUACUCUGUAUGCUAAAUUCCGGGGCACCGCUUCCGGUCGCCUGUCGACGUGGGAUGGUGGUCCUGAACUGUGUGCCGUGCAUCCACUUUGGUGUUUGGCGAAUCAUUCCUGUGAUCCCAAUGUGCGGUGGGAAUGGGGUGGAGAGAUCACUUUCCGAGCGCGGAAUGACGAGGAGACUGCCGUCUGGACGAGAGCUACAGCUGAUGGGCGUGUGGAGAUGAAGGACGCCAAAUCUGGGGGCAUCGCGAAGGAUGCGGAGAUACUAAAUCAUUACUGCGACAUUGGACUCCCGGUUGAAAAGCGAAGAGAAUGGGCGUCCGGUGCCUUGGGUGGAAACUGUCGGUGUGAUCGGUGUGUGUGGGAGGCGCAUGAGAUCUAA